ACUGAGCGUCGUUAUGAAGAUCCAUCUCAUAAUUGUCUCGAUAAUAUUGCAGGUAGCCAAUGCGGAAAACGAGUGCACGGACUGCGAUUGGGAAAAGGAUGUUCAUUGUGGAAAGGCCUCUGAUGGCUCCUGUGUGUUCUCUGCCCUGAACCGGUGCCAAGUUGAGCGUAUCUCAUGCCGUCGCGAGCAAAAGGGACUCCCAUCUUUCACCGAAAUUGUCAAGGGGAAGUGCCCGAAAGGCAAGCCGAGGUGCCCGAGGCCGUAAAAUAUAUUCUUCAAGGUCAAAGUUGAUGAAAAAUCCUUUCUAAAUAUUUUAUAUUUUGAUUUGAUUUAUAGUGGAAGGCAAUGACAACUGUCGCUAUUUUUGUAAUUAUCGGUGACUAAAUAUAAUUUUAAUUCCUCAA